CCACAAGUCUUCGUUCAGUAAAGGCGAGGCUCCGCCUCCCACCACCGUCAAAUUUGUAAAUAUUUUCCUCAUUCUCCGUCGCCGGAAAUUUAUCGAUUCCUGUUUUCUCGUAAUCUAUCUGCCUUGCUUACCUUUUUUUAGGGUUAAUCGGUUGCUAUUCCUUUGAUGGCGGCGAUUACGCAGAGAAAAGAUUCGGAUCGGAUCAAGGGUCCAUGGAGUCCUGAAGAAGACGAGCUGUUGCAGACGCUUGUGGAGAAACACGGGCCUAGAAAUUGGACUCUGAUAAGCAAAUCGGUUCCGGGUCGAUCCGGUAAAUCCUGUCGUCUCCGGUGGUGUAACCAGCUGUCUCCUCAAGUGGAGCACCGUGCUUUUACUCCUGAAGAGGAUGAUACCAUCAUCAGGGCUCAUGCGAAGUUUGGUAACAAAUGGGCGACUAUUGCCCGUUUGUUAUCUGGUCGGACCGAUAACGCUAUUAAGAAUCACUGGAACUCUACUCUUAAACGUAAGUGUCCUUCCAUGUCCGAAGAUUUAAGCUUUGAAACCCCUCAACAGCCUUUGAAAAGAUCGUCUAGUGUUGGUCCCUGUACCAAUUUUACUUCUGCUAUUUCUAUGAAUCCGGGUAGUCCAUCUGGAUCCGACUUGAGUGAUUCCAGUCUUUCGGGUUUUCCCCAGCCGCUUGUUUAUAGACCCGUUCCCCGAACCGGCGGGAUUUUCCCUCUUCUUCCUCCUCCUCCAGUUAAGCAGAUCGAAACUGCUCCAUCUGUACCCGACCCACCCACAUCUCUCUGCCUUUCGUUGCCGGGAUCCGGAUCCAUUGAAAAGCCCACCCAGUCCCCUAAAUCACCACCACUACCACCGCCUCCUCCCCCUCCACCGGUGGCUGAUAAACCGAUUGCGCCACCUGCAGUCGUAACUUCUUCACCCGCGGCUUUCAUGCGUCAUCUUCCUCAAUCCCAGCAAAGCUAUGAUUUUUGUGCUGCACCCAAAUCAGGAGAGGAACAGUUUUUUACCCCAGAGUUUUUAUCAGUUCUGCAAGAUAUGAUAAGGAAGGAAGUGAAGAGUUACAUGUCUGGGUUUGAACAAAAUGGACUCUGCAUGCAGACUGAUGCAAUAAGGAAUGCAGUUAUUAAGCGUAUUGGCAUCAGCAAGAUUGAGUGAUGAAUCAGUGAUUACGGUUAAAACUGUUCUUUGGUCAGACAACAAUGGCUGUCGCUUCUCAGCGAUAUGGAACCGGAGGAGAAACAAUGGAAGAUCGUAGCCCCACCCCACCCUUUUAUUUCUUGCUUAAUCUCUUUUUAAUUACUUCAGUAGAAUUCCCGUCACAAAAAUAAUUUUGCAGUAAUGUACAGAUGAGAGGCAGAGAGAAGAAAAAGUAAUUUGGAAAAGAACUUAUCUAUCUAUUGUUCAGAGGAAAAUGCACUGAAAAGAUUAAAAUUGAGAAUCUCAUUCUCUUGUCUAAUGUUGAACCGGAUUGGAUAACGGUUCAAGAUCAGCCUCAUCCUCAUGAAAAUUAAUAUUUAGGAUAUUUGAACCAUUAUUGAGAGGAUUUUGGUUUA